UCCCUGAUAAUUAUAAAACUGGGUCUGAACCAUGUGAGACAGAGAUCUAAACUGUUGUUUAUUCCAGAGGUUUUAUUAUAUUAAUUUUAAAGCUUUAUAAGUGUGUAGAUUUUAUUGAGUGUGUGUGUGAUGCGGUAGGUGUGUUGAUGUAAUACACGCUGUGAGCUGAUGGGUUAGUGUGUGUGUGUAUCAUCAUCAGUACUGCAGAAUCACUCUGAUUUAUCUGAUUUUAUGAUUUAAAUGUAAAUAAUGAUCAGUGAUGAGAAGCUGCAGGUGGUUACAGUAGCUGAGAUCUUCUUUCAUCAGUUUGUAGGAGAGGAAAUGACGAUUCACUGCUUUUGCUCCAGAGCUUUCGUCAACGAUCGAGAACUCUAUCGAUCUGACAACAAAUUUCUACGACCCCUGACUGACAGCAGCUUGCCAGUUGAUGAUGAAGAGAACGAUGAGGAGAAUGAUGAUGAGGUGGAGGAGGAGGAGGAGGAGGAGGAGGGAAGUUGUUCAGAGGAGGAGCUGUUGAAGGAGGAGGAUACAGUUCUGGAUGAAGAGACCCUCCUUAUGACCAGUAUGGGUCUUCCGGUGGCGUUCACCAGCUCAUCAGCUCACAAGGGCGCAGGCAAGAACGGAUAUAUUCCACGUCGAGCUCAAAAGAAGAAGAGUAGCUUCGACCGCUGGGAGACCCCCAACCACGAAACCCCACAGUUACCCCAGGAGGCCACUGAUGAUGGAGAAACAGAGGAGGAGGAGGAGGAGGUGCAGGAGGAGGAGGAGGUGCAGGAGGAAGAGGAGGUGCAGGAGGAGGAGCAGACGAGGGCCGUCGUGGACGAGACCCGCGAGGAGCCAGAAUCUCGUGCUGAUUCAGAUCAGGCCUGGCUGCAGUACUGGAACCUGCAGGGCGAGAACCUCCUGUGGAGCAGCUGGGUGGAGCGACACCCCGAAUUCUGCGGCGACUCCCCCGCGGCGCCGUGGGACCGCCCCGAGUGGAGGCAGCAGUGGGAGGAGCACGCCGACCGGACGUAUGUGUAUUACUGGGAGCAGUUCAGCUACUGGGCUUCUCGGGGCUGGACCACGCAGGAGACGGUCGGGGACGCCGCCCAGGACGAGGAACGGCAGGGACGGCCGGACGUUCAGGAGGCAUCCGGGGAGUCGGGGGAACCGCCGGAACCACUGGAAGGAAACGGCGUGGGCGUGGUCCAGCUUAUCGAGAGCCUGAACUUGAAGGGAGGGGAAGGUGAGCAUACUGGUGAACCUCAGGAUGGAGAUCAGGAAGGACCAGCGUCGUCCAGCGGAGUCUCCUCUGAGAAGGGUGAAACGAGGCCAGGCUCCGUCACCGCGGGGAGCGGGCGUGGCCAGCCGGUGAGGAACGUCUCCGAUGACGACGACAGCGAUGAAGACGAGCCGCCGGAGAGAAGAGCCAAGCUGAAGAGCGGUCAUGAGCUGGACGUUGAGGAGCUGGCGCAGAUGCCCGCUGACCGGGCGUGGGAGAGUCUGGGGCUCAAACGGGCCUCUGAACACAAGUUCGAGAGCGUUCUGAGGUUCCGCGCCCAGGAGCAGCGCGAGGGCGCCGGGCGCAGGAGGGGAAGAUGGAGACGGAAAGCCGCCUGCAAGAUCAACAAGCACGUUUUCUUCACGGAGGACGGCGAGGACACGAACGCGGAACCCAAAACCAACCCGACGAUGCAGAAGGUGCAGAGUUUCCUACAGGCGGUCCGGUCCGAGCCCGACUCCACGGACACCCCAUCCCCUGUGGUGGACGGUACGGUGAGCGGACGCGGCGCUCUGCACCCACAGACACGCGAAGAGUCCAGGACCCCCGAGCGGCCGGAACCCGAGACGCAGACGUUAGCCGAGGGGGAAUCGGACGCGGAGCAGAAGUCCGGGAGGGAACUGGUGCACCUGGAGGUCCCAGAUUACCUUCGUCCAGAUGAUCCGGAGGAACAAACCGAGGAGGCAGAGAAAUCGUUAAAGAAGAAGAAGAAAAAGAAGGCCAGAAGAAGGAAGAAGGACGUGGACGUUCCUCCUGAGAUCGCGGCCGAGCCGGAGCUGGCGAAGUACUGGGCUCAGCGGUAUCGACUCUUCUCUCGAUUCGACGAGGGGAUCAAACUGGACCACGAGGGCUGGUUUUCCGUCACGCCUGAGAAGAUAGCCGAGCACAUCGCUCAGAGAGUGCAGGACCCGUCCCAGACGCUGCUGGUGGUCGACGCCUUCUGUGGCGUGGGUGGAAACGCCAUCCAGUUCGCCCUGACUGGGAAUCGGGUGAUAGCCGUCGAUAUCGACCCCGUCAGGCUGGCGCUGGCGCAGCAUAAUGCCACCGUGUACGGUGUGGCCGAGAGGAUCGAAUUCGUCCAGGCGGAUUUCUUGCGGGUAGCGCCGCGGCUCCGGGCCGACCUGGUGUUCCUGAGCCCGCCGUGGGGGGGGCCGGAGUACCUCAGCGCUGACGUCUUCAACAUCCAGACCAUGAUGAGCCCUGAUGGGUUUGAGAUUUUCAGGCUGGCCAAGCUGAUUUCGGACGACAUCGUGUACUUUCUUCCUCGCAAUGCUGACAUGGAGCAGGUGGCGUCGCUCGCCGGUCCCGGCGGGAAGGUGGAAGUGGAGCAGAACUUCCUGAACAACAAGCUGAAGACCAUCACGGCGUACUUCGGCGCUCUGAUCCAGUCGGACUCGUAGUUUUGUAUUUAUUUAAGGCGUGUCUGUUUAGACCUCGGACCUUAUUUCUUUUAUUCCGGAGGAUCCCGUCCGGCGGUGCGGUUCGCUUUGUGUUUUACGUCGAGUUCUUUUAUUUUAAGUGACACAGUUUUGUAAUCGGACUCUUUUUAAAUAAACGUUUUGUUAAAAUAAAAGUGAUCCCGUGUCUUUGUGUGGAAUGUUGACGGUAAACGCUAACAAAUGUU